GCUGCCGGGCCCUCCACCGAGGUCUCGGACGCCAAGAGGCUCAUGGCCUUGGCAUAUCCCGAGCGCUGGAGACUGACAGCUGCUGUUGGCUUUCUGACAGUUUCCAGUGUCAUCACAAUGUCUGCCCCUUUUUUCUUGGGGAAAGUAAUUGAUGUCAUCUACACAAAUCCCAAUGGUGAACUUGCUGACAACCUAACCAACCUCUGUGCCUUGCUGAGUGGAAUAUUUUUAUGUGGUGCUGCUGCCAAUGCAAUCCGUGUCUACCUCAUGCAGAUUGCAGGACAAAGAAUUGUGAAACGGCUGAGAGCAACAAUGUUUUCCUCUCUCUUGAAACAAGAAGUAGCUUUUUUUGACAAAACCCGCACUGGAGAGCUGAUUAAUCGCUUAUCUUCAGACACGGCACUCUUGGGUCGUUCAGUCACCGAAAACCUUUCUGAUGGGCUAAGAGCUGGUGCUCAGGCUUCAGUUGCAGUUGGUAUGAUGUUUUUUGUGUCUCCCAAACUUGCCACAUUUGUUCUGAGUGUGGUGCCACCUCUGGCUUUUGUGGCUGUUAUUUACGGAAGAUAUUUACGAAAACUGACUAGAAUGACACAGGAUUCCCUUGCAGAAUCAACACAGCUAGCCGAAGAACGGAUUGGAAAUUUGAGAACAGUUCGAGCUUUUGGGCAAGAAUUGAAAGAAAUGGAAAAAUACAGGAGCAAAGUUGACCAUGUGUUACAGUUAGCCAAAAAGGAAGCGUUAGCACGAGCAGGAUUCUUUGGAGCAACUGGGCUAUCUGGGAAUUUGAUUGUGCUCUCUGUUCUGUACAAAGGAGGAUUACUGAUGAGCAGUGCCCACAUGACUAUUGGUGAACUGUCCUCUUUCUUAAUGUAUGCCUUCUGGGUUGGCAUAAGCAUUGGAGGUUUAAGCUCUUUCUAUUCUGAGCUAAUGAAAGGAUUAGGUGCAGGAGGGCGCCUGUGGGAACUUAUGGAUCGAAAGCCACAACUUCCUUUUAAUGAGGGAAUGGUAUUAAACCAGGAUGCUUUCAAAGGUGCUCUGGAGUUCAGAAAUAUCCACUUUGCAUAUCCAGCUCGUCCAGAAGCAUUGGUUUUUCAGGACUUUACCCUUAGCAUCCCAUCGGGCUCUGUAAUGGCAUUGGUUGGCCCAAGUGGCUCUGGCAAAUCGACUGUUGUCUCUCUCCUGCUUAGGCUUUAUGAUCCAAUCUCAGGAAGCAUCACUGUCGAUGGUGUUGAUGUUCGUCAGUUAAAUCCACUCUGGUUCAGGAAUAGAAUCGGAACAGUAAGUCAGGAACCAGUUCUUUUCUCAUGCUCUAUUGCUGAAAACAUUGCCUAUGGUGCAGAGGACCCUUCUACAGUAACUACUGAAGAAAUUGAGAGAGUUGCUGAGAUAGCAAAUGCUGCUAGUUUUAUCCAAAACUUUCCAAACGGAUUCCACACUUUAGUGGGGGAGAAAGGUGUUCUUCUUUCAGGUGGGCAGAAGCAACGGAUUGCAAUUGCUCGAGCUCUUCUCAAGAAUCCAAAAAUUCUUCUUCUUGAUGAAGCAACAAGUGCUUUGGAUGCUGAAAAUGAAUAUCUUGUCCAAGAAGCACUAGAUCGGCUCAUGGAAGGGAGAACUGUCCUCAUUAUUGCUCAUCGUCUGUCCACCAUUCAGAAUGCUAAUUCUGUUGCAGUUCUUGACCAAGGUAGAAUUAUUGAGUGUGGAAAGCACGAAACACUGCUUGCAAACCCAGAUGGACUUUUCAGCAAACUAAUGAAGAAACAGUCUCUUAUCCAGACUCCUGAAAGUUUUGCAUUAAAUGUGAAAUCCUGAAAGAAAAAUAUUUUUAAAAAUUAUGAAAGAGUAUAAGGAAUCGAAAUGUACCACAUUUCCAGGAAUUUUAAAUUAUGUUUCAGUUUAUGUACAAUAAAUGUUAUAUAUAUUUU